UUUUUUUUCUUUCCAUAUUGUUUGAUGUUCAAAAGAAGAAGGUGUAAUUUAUAGUUAUCUCUGCUGCAGACGUAAUGUACAUACAAAAUGAUAAGAACAAACAGUAACAACCUUCUUUCUUUUUUUUAAUCCUACACAGAAUAAAAGGUUUGUUUUUUUAAUCCUCAUCAUGGCUGUGACUCGACAACCAGGCUCAUAUCAAGAGUCUGAGUUCCAGACCGGUGUGUGUGAUAUCUGUGACGACUGUGGCACCUGCUGCUUCGGUUUUUUCUGCCACAUCUGCAUGGGCUGCUCCAUUGCCAGUGACAUGGGGGAGUGCUGCUUGUGUGGUCUUGGUAUGCCCAUCCGCAGCGUCUACAGGACCAGAUACAACAUCAAGGGGUCUCUCUGUAAAGACUUUUUGACCACCCUGUUUUGUGGAGCCUGUGCUACCUGCCAGCUGAAGAGAGAUAUCGACCGCAGGAAGGAACAAGGCAUUUUCUAA